AUGCAAAAUGAUUUUGCUGCUAGAAAACUGAGGAAUAUGGGCUUCCCUUGUACUGCUAAUGUGCCAUGUAUUGGAAGGAGUGAUGGUCUUGUGCUAGCUUGGAAGAAGGAAAUCGACCUUACUAUUGUUUCCACUAGUAAUAAAGGCAUCUAUGUCACUACUAAAUAUGUCAUACAUUCCAAAACUUAUCACAUUUAUUUCAUAUAUGGAGAACCUAAUAGUGCCUUAAGACAAGCCUUCUGGGAAAACCAAUGCCUUUUACCACAUAUACCAGUAGAUGAACCAGCUUUCUUUAUAGGUGAUUUUAAUGCUCUCCCAAGCCCUGAGGAUAAAAAUGGUGAUCUAGAGGUUGAUGACACUGAUUUUUUUAAUUUUAGGAAUUUCUGUAAUGUUUUUGACCUACAUGAUCCUGGUUUCUCUGUCCCUAGGUUUACUUGGUCGAAUAUGCAACAAGGUCCUGAUCUCAUUCUUGAAAGACAUGAUAGGUGUCUCAUUAAUCCCUAUGCUGAGCUACCUUUCUAUUUCAUGGCCAUGUGGAUGGAGGAUCCUACUUGCAGGAAUAUUAUAGCUAAUGCUUGGAAUAACAUAGGUACUUAUUUUGUGGAUUACUUUAGAAAUCUAUACUCCUCCCAACCUCAGCAAUUUCAAGAUGAAGAUUCAGAAAACUUACCAGUCAAAUUAUCCCAUGAGAAUAACUCUUUGUUAAAUAUCUCUCUCACUGCUGAGGAAAUAAAAAAUUAUGUCUUUCAAAUGGGUGGUAAAAAGGCUCCUGGCCUUGAUGGCUUCACAUGCUUGUUCUACCUGAAAAACUGGGAUAUUGUUGGAGAAGCUGUUAUUGACAUGUCCCAAACCUGUUUUAGAACUUGUCAUUUAUCAAAAGUCUUCAAUACCACAAAUAUUGCUUUAAGGAUUAAGGUCCCUCUGGCUGAAUCAGUUUCCCAAUAUAGGCCCAUUAGCUUAUGUAAUUUCAUCAAUAAAAUCCUAUCUAAAAUCCUGGCCAAUAGACUCAAACCUUUGAUGGAUAACAUCAUAUCUCAAAAUCAAAGUGCAUUGUCCCCAAAAAAAAGUAUAUCUGACAAUAUCCUGCUAGCCAAUGAGGCUGUCUGUGCUGUCAACCAUCAUAAAAAGAAGGAGGGCAUUGAUGCUAUCAAACUUGAUAUGUACAAAGCUUAUGAUAAUCCUACUGGACUUAUCAAACCUGAGAGCGGCCUGAGACAGGGAUAUCCUCUCUCUCUCUAUCUUUAUAUCAUCUGUUCUGAAGCUUUAUCUGCUUAUAUUGAUACUUUGACCACUACUGACAAAGACUUAAAAACUAUUCAAGACUAUCUUCAAAAGUAUUGUUUAGCUUCUGAACAAGAAAUCAACUUUGAUAAAUCUGGUAUCUUGUUUAGUAAAAAGUUGCCUGCAACUCUUACGAACCAUUUGUCUAAUAUUCUGGAUAUCCAUAACAGAUAUCUAGUGGAGAAGUAUCUUGGCAAACCUAUAGAUUUUCAUGCCUCUAAGAUCCAGACCCAUAUGGGUAUUCUCCAAGUUGUAGAUGCUAGGAUUACCUCUUGGCUUCAUAGACUGUUAUCUCAGGCUUCUAGAACUACCUUGGUUAAGCAUGUUGGUCGGGUCAUUCCUCUAUACCAAAUGGGUGUGUUUCUUAUCCCCAAGUACCUUUGCAAAAAGAUGGAUUCUCACCUUUGUCAAUUCUGGUGGGGAGAGAUUCUUGAUCCUAAGGAUAGGAAACUACACCUUUUAGGAUGGGAUGCUUUGUGCUCUCCUAAGUCUGAAGGUGGUCUUGGUUUUAGGAAAUAUGAACCUAAUAACUUGGCUAUGUUAGCUAGAAAUGCGUGGAAAAUCAUAGAGAACCCUGACUGCCUUGUAGGUAUUGUGCUGAAAGCUCGUUAUUUUCAUAAGACUGACUUUCUUAAUGUUGCUUGUCAUGCUGAUUGCUCCUGGACUUGGAGAUGCCUCCAUACCAUUAAAGAAAUUAUUAAACCCUUUGUUUCUUGGAUUAUUGGGGAUGCUUCUAGAAAUGUUCUACCUGCUAAAACUGUUCUUCAAACUCGAAUGCCUAUGCACUCUGUUACCUUUAAUAGAUGCUCUGAUCCUCAUGAAUCUAUUAUGCGUGCUCUUGUUAUGUUCCCUUUUUCUAUCCAUGUUUGGAAUCUCAAUGCCUUUUGUGCUAAUACUUCUGUUUUUUCUUCGAGUUCUAUGAUUGAUUGGUUAAUUUUUUGGUUGGUUGACCUUAAAUCUAGAAUUCCUACUGAUAGACAUUGCAUGCUUGUUGUUGUCAUGUGGUCUUUAUGGACUAGUAUAAACAAUUUAGUCUUUAGAAACCUUCAGGAAAAUCAUGUUGCUAUCAUCCAUAGAGCUAAGGAUAUGCUCCUCACUGUUAAAACCAGAAUCCAAAACCCACCUUGUCAUACCAUUUCUUUUAGUGACCACUGGAUUCCCCCUACUUUUGGCUGGAUUAAAUGUAACACUGAUGGUGCUUAUGAUGACAUUACUAAGGAUAAUGGUGCAGGCUAUGUGAUGAGGGAUUUAUCCAGCAAGGCUUCUUUCUGUGCUUUUAUUGUCUUUGAUGUGGAAUCUUCUAAAGAGGCUGAAGUAGAGCUAUCUGGACUGUGUUGA